GCGGCUCUGUCUUCCCCUCGGGCUGCGAGGGGCCGCGGCCAGAAGGAGCCUCUUGCUGCCGGGCUGAGGGGCGGCGGGGGAGGCGGCGGCUCCAUGUCUCCGUCUCUGGGGUGGCGGCUGGUGGCCGGGGGGUUCAGGAGGAACUGGUCCCCCCUCGAGGCCCCGCCGCACGGCCGUGCCCUCCUGCGGUACCGAGCCCGGCCGGACGCAGUGGCCUGGAUGGAGACCCGAGGCGUGGAGCUGAUUUCUGUCACUGCCCGAAAGCGACGCCGCAGAAGAAGGAAGGACGUGGGGCUGGUCCCCAGGCAGCACCUGGGCCACAAAGGGUUACGCAAGGCACCCUGGAGUGACACCACCGCCACCAGCCCGGGAGCUCGGCUCCUUCCUGGUCGGAUCCCCGGCUCGCCCCCAGUGGGAUUGAGGAAGGAACCAGCAGCUGCAAAGAGGAGCCGGGGCCGGUCUGUGCCCCCAGACACCAGGCAGGGGCUGCUGAGCCAGCGGGCCCCUGCGGUCACCCACCCUCGCUUGCGUUGGCGGGUGGUCACCAUGGAGGAGAUGGUGAUCUGGGAGCAGCACACGGUGACGCUGAGCAAGGACCCUCAACGGGGCUUUGGCUUCGCUGUCUCUGGAGGCCGGGACCGUCCCAACAGGUCGACCGGGGACACAGCGGUGGUUGUGUCGGAUGUGGUGUCUGGAGGACCUGCAGUGGGCUGGCUCCAGAGGAAGGAUCACAUCGUGAUGGUGAAUGGCCUUUCCAUGGAGAACGUCUCAUCUUCCUUCGCCAUCCAGACACUUAAAACCUGUGGCAAGAUUGCCAACAUCACACUGAAAAGACCAAAGAAAGUCUACCUCCCCAUGAGCAAGAGCAGCCCUGGGACCCCCUCCGUGCCCCGGCGCUGUGACUCGGACGAGGAGCAGGGGCCAGAGGGAGCAGAUCCAGCCUCACGCUCCCGAGAUGACCUGCACCACAACCAGGGCUACGACGGGGACUCGUCCAGCGAGAGGAGUUCUGGUCACCACCGGGGUGACCGGCGCCACCACAGGCCGGUGUCCCGGAGCCGGAGGCGAAGCCAGGACAGCAGCCACUGGAGGCAGAGCCCUGGCAGUGGCUCGGAUCGGAGGGGCUCCGGUCGGGACCGCUCUGCCAAUGGCCUUGGCCACCAACGGGACACCAACGGGCUGGCCCUGGUGUCGGGCUUCAAGCGGUUGCCGUGCCGGGACGUGCCAAUGAAGCCCAUCACGUCGGUCUUGGUGAAGCAGAAGCAGGAUGAAGAGUAUGGCCUGAAGCUGGGAAGUCAGCUCUUCAUCAAACACAUAGUGGAGAGUGGGCUGGCGGCCAAGGGCGGCUCCUUGCAGGAGGGAGACCUCAUCCUGAAGAUCAAUGGGGUGCCCAGCGAGGACAUGUCCCUGGCUGACACCCAGCAGCUCAUCGAGCGGACGGAGGGAACCCUGACCCUGCUCAUCCUCCGGGACCACCGGCAGUUCCUGGUCAACAUCGCUGACAUAGAAGACAGCCAGAGUGACAGCUCCAGGAUGGAUGAUAUCUCUGACAUUGACUCUGAACUCUCCCAUCCACCAUCCCCUGAGACCUCCCUGCGACCUCCAGCUGCUGCUGGGAUGGAGAAGAGACGAUUGAACAGGGACCCUGUGGUUGACACGAUCAAGGACGAUGCUCGAGGUCCUGACCUGCUGACCACCGUGGAGAGGGAUGGUCACCACGGCCCCCAGGCCAGCCCUGCUACCCAGGCUGCCCACAAGGGCGGGUACAGCGCGGCCGCCAGGACCGUGCGCUUUGUGAAGGCCCAGAGCGUGGGGCUGCGUCUGGCUGGUGGGAACGACGUGGGCAUCUUCGUGUCCAGUGUGCAAGAGGGGAGCCCAGCUGACAGCCAGGGCGUCCAGGAAGGGGACCAGAUCCUGCAGGUGAAUGACACCAGUUUCCAGAACCUGACCCGUGAGGAAGCUGUGGAGUAUCUCAUGAACCUGCCACCAGGCGAGGACAUCACACUGUGGACCCAGAGCAAACAGGACAUUUACAGGAAGAUGAUCUCAUCCAACGUGGGAGACUCAUUCUACAUCCGGACGCACUUUGACUUUGAGAAGGACACACCAUCAGGGCUCAGCUUCACCCGUGGGGAUGUUUUCCACGUGCUGGACACCAUGUACCGGGGCAGGCUGGGGAACUGGCUGGCCGUGCGUAUGGGCAGGGACCUGCAGGAGCGGGACAGGGGCAUCAUUCCCAACCGGAGCAGGGCUGAGCAAAUUGCCAGUCUGGAGUCAGAGCUGAAAGCCACAUCUGGUGCCAACCCCUCUGGGGCACGAGCCGAGUUCUGGAAGCUGCGGGGCCUGCGGGGAGCCAAGAAGAUGCUGCGGAAGAGCCGGGAGGACCUGUCUGCCCUCACAAAGCAGGGCCGCUACCCGCCCUAUGAGAGGGUGGUCCUGAAGGAAGCCAGCUUCAAGCGGCCGGUGGUGAUCCUGGGCCCCAUUGCAGACAUUGCCAUGCAGAAGCUGAGCACAGAGCAGCCUGAGCGCUUUGAGAUUGCCCCAAGUGUGCCCCGGGAUGGAGCAUCAUCCAAGGUCAUCAAGUUGGACUCAGUGCGGCAGAUCGCAGAGAGGGGCAAGCACGCCUUGCUGGACAUCACGCCCUCGGCUGUGGAGCGCCUCAACUACGUGCAGUACUACCCGGUGGUGGUGUUCUGUGAGCCCGAGAGCCGGCAGGGCAUCAAGGCCAUGCGCCAGUGGCUGGCACCCGACUCCAGGAAGAGCUCCCGGCGCCUCUAUGCCCAGGCCAGCAAGAUGAAGAAGUAUUGCAGCCACCUCUUCACUGCCACCAUCAGCCUCAGCGGCAGCGGCAACACCUGGUAUGAGGCAAUCAAGGACAUCAUCAGGACACAGCAGAGCCAGCCUGUCUGGACGGCAGCAGAGCAGGCAGAUGGGGCACUGGAGGACAGUCUGGACCUGCUCAACCCACCAAGCACGGCAGCCUCAGGCUACCUGACCUGUGACAGUCACGCCAACAGUGACUAUGAUGACACAGAUGGUGAGGUGGAGGAUGCCUACGACCAGCCUGGGCUGGCCCGCUCCUCUGAGCCAGUGCAGGUGUCCCCAGGCCAUGGUCUGAGUGAGCAGGUGACAGAGCAGCAGCAGCAGCAGCAGCAGCAGCAGCAGCAGCAGCGAGGGCAGCGCUACGACAACAUCAGGGAAUAUGAACACGAUGCUGUGAGGAAGAGGUUCAUACGGGCCAGGGAUGAUUCCGACCAGGACGAUGGCUACGAGUGGGGCCCAGCGACAGAUGUGUAGCAGCACAGCUGGCUCCUCCCAAAGCUCUGGGCAGCCAGAGCCUGGGGCCAGCCCUGCCACAGCCCCACACCACUGGGUCUAUAUGGCAGUCCAGGCAGUGUCACCCAGCACCCCCAGGCCAGGCUGGGCUGGCCCUAAUCCUGCUCUACUCCUCACCACCCAGCACCAAGUGCCUCUUCCCCCUUUGCAGCCACAGCUGCUGGAAUAAAAGGGAUGUUUUGAU